UAAUAAUAUUUUCAAUUCUUCUUAAUGAGUGUUCCUCAAAGGUACUAGCUGUUUUAAUCUCUGUUUCAAUCAUCUUUAUGUUCUGCUCAACAAUAUGCAAACCAUAAUACAAAUUCCAUUACAAAAUUAACAUCAAUGAUAAUCGCAAUAUAUUCUUGGUCGAUUUGUUCAGUAGAUCUUGAAUCUAACUGCUUCUCGAAAUUUGAAAUUUCUAUGCGUCUUGUUCCCGAAGACACCGUGGUGUCUCCUGUACUGCAGUCAUUAAAUGAAAAAGCCUGAGGGUACUAUUUCAGGGUUACUAAAAUAGAAAGUCUACUGUUAUAAUUAUAAUUCCCUAUGCGUAUUGAUAAAUCUGGGUUUCAGCAUAUUUCGUUUCUCACUUCAAGAUUUCCAAAGGUUGAUUAUCUUCGUCUUGGUGAAUGUCAACAUCGAUUUGUUCAAAAAUGGUUAGAUUUUAAAGCGGAAAAGCUUCAAUUUCCUCCACGACCUACCAUCCUUACAGCUCAAGUUUGUCCAGUCUAUACUAUGGGUAGAAGAGAUACAAAAACCGGUACAGACGACACCAUUGAUGGAGUCAAAGUCAUCAAAGCACUAAGAGGAGGUCAAACUACAUAUCAUGGUCCUGGCCAGUUACUUGUAUAUCCAAUUUUAGAUCUGAACGCAUUACACUUGAAUCCACGAAAAUAUGUUUCUAAACUCGAAGAAGCGAUUAUUCAGACCUGUAGACACUUUGGAAUGAAGACGGCACACACGAAUGAACACACUGGAGUUUGGUUAACAGAUGACGAAAAGAUUGCAGCUAUUGGGAUUCAUUUACGAAGGAAUAUUACAAGCCAUGGAUUAGCUCUUAAUGUGUCUACUGAUUUGGAAAAGUUUAAAAAGAUUGUUGCUUGCGGGUUAAAAGACAAAACAACUACAAGCUUUCAAGCACAAGGAGUUCAUGUUGGACUGAAGGAAGUAGAGCAAGUACUUGUUCAGCAUGUGAUAAACGCUUUAUUGACAUGAAGAAAAAAAAAACAUACAUAAUCAAAUUUUAUUUUUUUGUAGACGACUUUAUGCUGUCGUGCCUUUCCGGCUCUCAUGAUAUCCAAAUUUCUCUCCCUUUGCUCAGUUUAGAUGAAUUGCUGAAAAGGGAAGAGAUUACCGAAGUGAAAAUGUUGGACAACCGGGUAUUUACUGAGGACCUCUACAUCGUACAUUUUUAACAAUCCCUAAUUUAAUUGGUUAAAAGUCUGCUUUGAAUAGACAAGAGAAGUCACUCACCUGAUUUACUUUAGACCAAGAAGGAACAGCCGUGAUAUCGUAAAGGAUGGGGGAAUGCUCAUAGAAAGGGCCUUUUUUCAUAAUGUUGAUAAAAUCGAUUGCACUAAAAUACAAAUUCGACUUUGAUAGUUCCUUUGUAAGUUUUUUAUCCAGAAUUGCAUUCGGUCGUAAAUUUAAUGUAUUACCGCCUGGAGCAGCCAGUUGUGAAGAUCCAAAAAUAUAUGGAAUAAAAAAGUGGUCGUCGAGACCCCAAACGCCGUGGGAUCCUGCUGGUUCAAGACGAUAUUUCAUAAUUAUGUUACGACAAACUUCCAAAUAUUUGUGCGUUACAUACAAGCCUACGGCUGCACAAUCUUCGUAUGUCAAAAGGUUAAGUAAAUCAAGUCCUUUCAAAAACCCCAAAAAAUUCAACUCAUGUCCGGUUCCAAAAUCAAUUCUUUGUGCAUUUCCGAAAGAACCAAGAAAAUAAUCCAACAACUCUAUUUGGGCGGAACCUAAGGAAGCAGGAACAAUUGUAUCCAAGAUAGUUGGUGCCCUAUUUACUAAUUUAGCAUGCCAUCUCCGGAAUGCUGGAUUUCCAAAACGAUGUCUUCCGGGUUCUAGAGGGAUAGAGUCAGUAAUUUCCUGAACUUGCUCUAAAACAUCAAGAACGUUCGCAACUCUGCUAGAAUAUUGGACGUGAUAAUCCUGUAUGCCUGUAGAAGCAGCGUUUAAUGCUUGAAUGUAGCUCACAAGCCGAACAUACGCCUUGGACAAUCGAAAUGGCUGCAUAUCCUUUGCCUCUUCAAUUAGUUUCUCAGGUCGCUUAAAAUCGCUAUGUUCAUUAAAGGUCUCAUUAUCUAUGUCUCGUAAUUUUUCUACUGGAAGCUCUUUCAUCUUUUUAGGUACUUUUAUCUAAAUAUGUAUGUAGUAAUGCAAAUAGUUCCUUUAAAAGUGGUAUAUCCGUGAUCCAAUAUAUAAGACCAAUAAAUAAAUUAAUAUAUGCGC